AAAAGAAGGUGAAGAAGAAGAAGAAUAAGGGUGUGCAAUGAACCCUCCCCACUCCAAGACGGUCCAAGGGAGGGGGGACAAAGAUGGCCGCCCCGAGUCAGCUGGUGAGGGACAGCUUCCCCGACAUAGACGAGGAGAUCUUCCAAUACGUUGAAGGUGUAUUAGCCAGCACUGAAGACUUUGAGACCAGCGAUGACGUGUACGAGGCCAUUGGAGGACUGUUGGUGGACGCCGUGGGUCUUGAGAAGGAUGGAGAGAUUAGGAGACUAUGUGGGGAGGUGAUGGAGCUGCUGAGCACGCCUAAUGGAGCCCUGGAGCACAAGACCCUGGAGGCGCCGGUGCAGCUAGCGCAGAUGGCAGCAAACAUGGAACUGGAGGAGCACGAGAUCAAGUCCGUCUGGUCCCGGGAAAGGGAUGAUGCACUGAAAGUUGACCAGAGAAAAUUGGACAAGGCCGAGGCAAAGCUCAAAGAGAAGAAGGAAAAGCGCAUCAACACUGACAAGAAAGACGUACCUGCGCCGAUCAUCCUGGAAAUGGCCACGGCCUCCCAGAUUGUCAGCAAGAAGGACCGAGCCUUGGAUGCCAAAGGGAUCUGCAACACCAAGGACAUCAGAAUAGAAAGCUUUGAUGUGGCUUAUGGGGACAGGGUUCUUAUUCAAAAUGCAACCAUAUCUCUGGCCUUUGGAAGAAGGUAUGCCUUAGUUGGAAGAAAUGGCCUUGGUAAAACUACGUUGUUGAGAAUGAUGGCAAGUCGGAGUCUUCGGAUCCCAAGCCACAUCUCUAUCCUCUACGUGGAGCAAGAGGUGACGGGAGACGACACCACGGCCCUGGAGAGUGUGUUGGAGUGCGACAUUCAGCGGAAAACCCUCCUUGACCGAGAGAAGGAGAUUCAGAGCAGAAUAGCACAAGGGGAGCAAGAUGACAGUCUAGCCACACAGUUGUCUGAGGUGUAUGCAGAACUGCAGGCCAUUGAGGCAGACAAGGCUCCUGCCAAGGCCAGCGUCAUCCUCAACGGUCUUGGCUUCAACCCCGAGAUGCAGACAAGGCGGACCAAAGAGUUCUCUGGAGGCUGGAGAAUGAGGAUAGCAUUGGCGAGAGCACUCUUUUCACAACCUGACCUCCUCCUGCUGGAUGAGCCGACGAACAUGUUGGACAUGAAGGCCAUCAUCUGGCUUGAAAACUACCUGAUGGGGUGGUCCAGCACUUUAUUGGUGGUGUCCCACGACCGGCAUUUCUUGGACAUUGUGCCCACUGAUGUUCUUCACCUCCACUCCCAGGACAUCGACAUGUACCGAGGGAAUUACGAAAACUUCAUUCAGACCAAGAGUGAGCGACAGAAGAACCAACAGAGGGAGUACGAUGCCCAGAUGCAGUUCCGUGCCCACGUCCAGGAGUUCAUUGACAAGUUCCGCUACAAUGCCAAGCGUGCAUCCCUCGUCCAGUCUAAGAUUAAGAUGCUUGAGAAACUCCCAGAACUAAAGCCCAUCGAGAAGGAGGUCGGCGUGGUGCUGAGGUUCCCAGAGGUGGAGAAGCUCAAUAACCCUAUCCUGCAGCUGGAUGAGGUGCAGUUUGAAUACACGGCCGGGAACACAAUCUUUACUGCUGUUAACCUGUCAGCUGCCAUGGACUCCCGGAUAUGUAUUGUUGGAGAGAAUGGUACAGGCAAGACCACGCUGCUGAAGAUCCUGCUGGGGGAGCUGGAGCCGACCAAAGGACACCGGCUGGCCAACAGGUCGUUGAGAAUAGGCUACUUCACCCAGCACCACGUGGACCAGCUGGACAUGAGGGUGUGUCCGGUGGAGCUGCUGCAAAGCAAAUACUCAGGGCGACCGAUUGAAGAAUACCGUCGCCAGCUGGGUUCCUUUGGGGUGAGUGGUGACCUGGCUUUGCAGCAGCUGGCCAGCCUCUCUGGUGGACAAAAGUCUCGUGUGGCCUUUUCACUCAUGUGUAUGGGCAACCCCAACUUCUUCAUCCUUGAUGAGCCUACCAACCACUUGGACAUUGAGACAAUUGAGUCACUUGGGGAGGCAAUCAGCAGGUUUAAGGGUGGAGUGGUGCUUGUGUCCCACGACGAGCGGCUCAUCCGCAUGGUGUGCACGGAGCUGUGGGUGUGUGGUGAGAAGAAGGUGCGCUGCGUGGAGGGUGGCUUUGAUGAGUACCGGGCGCUUGUUGAAAAGGAGAUUCAGGCCACCUUAUAAGGUCUGUUCUCUAGUAAGCUAUUUCAAUAUCCUAGCAACAAGAUUUUUAUUAUGUUAUGAGUGUCACACUAAAUAAGAUCUUUUGUAGCAAUUGUGACAGAUUAUUAAAUAUUUAUUUAUUUAUUUUUAAAGAAAACUCUGCCUAAAAAUGCACUUUUAUACAGAAGUGUUCAAGUAUGCAACAUGUCUUAUUUGCUAAAUCAGUUAUGAGAAUACAAGCGGUAUUUAUCUA